UCCAUUAAGGCGUGCAUGGGAACGAGCGAGGUACGGUCGAUCGUUCUUCGCUGAUGGGCCGCUGGAAUAUCUACGUCCAGAGCCCAGACAUUUCGCAGAAGAAUGUCGCGGCCUGACGAUCGUAGAUCCAUACGAGGCCCUCGAAUGUAGUUCGUGUAGCGACUCGUAUCCGGUCGCGUUGAUGUCUCCUUGUGCCUGCCCAGUCCUCUAGAAUCCUUUCGCGUCGUGGAUAGAGUCGCUCGAGCGGCAGUCAUCGAGGAAUUCGAGCGUGCUGCUCUCUCAGGAAGGGAUAUCUUAUCGAGCACCCGGCGGGCGGGAUUGGGAUCGGUCCGAGGAGCAUUGUGCGGAAGAUGGCAGGAGGGACAGGGUCCGGGGUCAAGAAAAGAAGGCUGAAGAAAAGAGGAUGGACGGAUCCGAAUGCCGCACUGGAGCUGAGGGAUGCGGGCCUCAAGUGCGCCCGCAGCGUGUUCAAGUGCCAGCGAGAGGUCUCGUUAUCGAAAGGCAGUAUCGCCGACGCCCCGUCGAAGGGCCAGCACAACAUUUUGAGGCUGAAGAAGUUGGGGCUGAUCAAGUUCCUGCAGGACGCCUGGCAAUGGCAGCAAGGCGACUACUGCGAGGACUUCGCCAGGAACUACGACCCCGCCAUGAAGAGAACGGAGGUUCGCGGCGGCAUCGUGGUGGAUCUGAGUCUGGAAGGCUUCGUGCGGUUGACGGGCUUGAGCGAGGGCGAUGUGGUGGCGCCGAUAGAUGCUCACCUGAAGAACUUCUCAUAGGCAGGAGUGAAGGUCAGCUGGGGCAGAGUGUUGUACACCGUCUUCAUCAACGAGGUCAAUCGCAUGCACAGCCUUCUGUCGAUGAACAAGAAGACCACCACUUGCGCCGGACCGCUCAUGUGCUACCUGACGGCUCGAAGCGCAUGCGAGCAACAGAUUGCGCUCGCCAUCCCGCCCCCGGCCGCAUUCGACGAGAGUGAGCCCGAGUCCGACCGAGGCGCAGGGCCGAGGAGGAGGAGGAGGAAGCGCCGGAAGCGGCGUGCUUCGGAGCACUACACUUCCGACGAGGACGAGGGCGAGGACGGCGACGGCGACGAGGACGAGGACGAGGACGAGGAGGGCGGAGUCGAGGAGGACCACUGCGGCAGCGAUGGCGACGCGGGUCGCAAGAAGGCGUCGACGGAAAGCGCUCAGCCGCGGACGCCGUUGCGUCCGCCGUGGCACAGAAGCGCUUUGCAUCCGAAGGCGGCCAGGGCGUCUCCUCCCGCUCCCGCCCCCGCCCCCGCACGGGCGACGCCGCCGGGGCGUAGCGGGAGAUCGGCGGACAAGGUGUCGACUCCACCGGCAGACGUCUCGCGCGUCAAGCUCUUCCGGUCGGCGAUGACGGAGAAGAGAGCGGACCUGCACAAGAAACUGAACGACCUUCUGAAGGACUCGUUGGAGCAGGACGAUGUUUACACGGAGAUGUUGGGCGAAUGGGAGGUCACGCUGAAGGAGCUGGAGGCUUGGCGGGCGGUCGGGCUCGCUUCCGGCGCCGCAAACCCGGCGGACCUGCAGGCCAGCCUUUCGCAGCCCGCAUGCCGUGCGCAAGUGGAGGAGUUGCGGCGGUUCCAGCAGCUCGGCCAGGAGCUGCUGUGCGCGGGCGAUUUCGGCGAGAUGGCCGCGGCCCUCCGCCACCGCCUCAACUGCGAAGAGCAGGCCACCAAAUUGUACAAAGAGGAGCAGCAGUACGCAGCGCAGUGCCUGAAGGCGCAGCUGCACGCCGAGAGCGUGGCCGAGGCUGCCACCCUCGAGAUCAAAGCUUUGCGAGCCGAGGUCCAAGAACUGAAAGCUCGAGGGUAUGGCAACGCCGUGACGGAGCAGUUUCCCAAAGAGCAGAUCGACAAGCUUCGAGCCCGGCUGGAAGAAGCUAUUCUCCAGAAAGAGGUUCUCGUAGCCGAGCGAGACAAGCUUCUCGAGGACUUGAGAGUCCCUCGGCCGUUGUCCAUGGUUUCCCAUCCCCGGGCGUUUGUGGUCUCCCCUACCUUAUUGCUCCCCUCCAAUUUCCGGGUCAAAGAAGAAUAUAUUCAGACUCGUCAUUCCGCUUGAGCGCGCCAACGAGCAGCGUGUGGCAGCUAUUUUUGCCUCCAGAGCUGUUGCUUUGGAUGUUGUGCAGUCGCUGCCAUAUCGUCCAUUUUAUUGUUGUGAACUGCCGGGUUAGGGCGAAUUUUCUGCUUUUUGACAAUCAUGUUAGAAUUUAAGAUUUCGGCAUUGAUAAUAGUGGUGUUCUAUCAGAGAAACAAGCGUCAAUCGUCGAUGUUAUGUCCUACAUCGCGUCGUAUGAACUGUACAGUCAGUCAUUCAGUCAACUGUGGUCAUGGUCGGCACCCUUGUGUGAUAUUCUAAAUUCUCUCGAGAUUUUCCCGGAACUUACCGAGUAAAAGCAAAUAAGUCAAGGCUGUAAUCUUCACGCUGUUCAUGUACAUGGCAACUGAUCCAGCUGGUAUUGAAAGUUUGAGAAAUGUUGUCCACUUUCGCAUGUUCGCAUUCAUUUUGCUACCUCGAGGACUAAGAGACUCAACUUUUUCUCGGUGAAGUGGGAAAUAAGAUCACGAAGCAAGUAGUAGCUACGCAACGCAAAAUAGGCGUGUAAGUUCUACUGGUUUCAUAUUA